UCCGGAGCCACUCGCGGCUGGCGGCGGAGACACUCCUGUGGCGAGCUGCAGAUGUCGGACCGGCAGGCGGCUGAGGGGCCGGGUUUCUGGAGCCCCGCAGACCGCCGAGGGUCGGCGGGCGGCGUCGGAGACGACCUGGGAGUGCAGGGGAGCCAGGCGGCCGCCUCAGAGAAUGAAGGUACAGAAAAUACUAAGGGUGCCUCUCUGUUGACUUCUGGCUCUGAUUCAGAACCCUGUUCCUCACCUCACAGGCCACAGAUGGUAUCUCCGGUAAGUAAGGAUGCCACAGAAGAACUGCAGAAAGCAGCUGGUGCCUUGGAGACUCAGGCAUUGGUGGAACAGGAUUUGCUGCCUACAGACCAAGCCCAGGUCCUCAGUGAGAUACCCAAGUAUCAAGUUCCACAAAGGUCUGGAGACAUCGUUAUGAUCCAGUCUGAGCAUACGGGAGCUAUAGACAUUGUUUCAGCUGAUUUGGAAUCUGCAGAUCUUCUGGGGGACCACAGGAAAGUCUCACCACCUCUGAUGGCUCCUCCAUGCAUCUGGACCUUUGCCAAGGUGAAGGAAUUUAAAAGCAAGCUGGGCAAAGAGAAGAACAGCCGUCUGGUGGUGAAGCGGGGCGAGGUGGUGACUAUCCGGGUACCUACUCACCCAGAAGGGAAGCGUGUCUGCUGGGAGUUUGCAACUGAUGACUAUGACAUUGGCUUUGGAGUUUAUUUUGACUGGACCCCUGUAACCAGCACUGACAUAACUGUGCAGGUCAGUGAUUCCAGUGAGGAUGAGGAUGAAGAAGAGGAAGAGGAAGAAGAGAUUGAAGAACCUGUUCCAGUUGGAGAUGUGGAGAGAGGCUCCAGGAGUUCCCUGCGGGGUCGCUACGGGGAGGUCAUGCCUGUGUACCGGCGAGACAGCCACCGAGAUGUGCAGGCUGGCAGCCAUGACUACCCUGGCGAGGGCAUCUACCUGCUCAAGUUCGACAACUCCUAUUCCCUGCUACGCAACAAGACUCUCUACUUCCACAUCUACUACACUAGCUGAAGAACUUCUGGGACAGGGGGCAGGCUGUAUUUGAUGGCUGAAGCAAGCUGCCAGCUGGUCCUCUUACUUGGGAUAGGCAAGAGCUAAAAGUGCAGCAUGAGGCUUCUGAGCCUCAUGGCCUGUCUGGUGUGCCUGACUGUUGACCCAACAUAGCUUUUUCCCUUCUUGGCUUCUUCAGGUGGUGGUGUAGUGCUUCUGUUCUGUGGUCCCUCACUCACGCUCUUCUUGGUUCAGACUCCUGCAAAAUCCCUCUGCAAAGGCACCUAUCAGGCGCAAGCCUAAAAGGAAGUAGAAUGUUGUCUUUUAAAAAUAGAUUUGUUUUGGUACAAGGUUUAUCAUUCAGAUUGCUGCUGUCGCCUUUCCCAGAACUCUUAUUGCUGCUGCAUUUAAUGGUAUCCACUCUCUUUACUUUUUGUGGUGCCAGAAGAGGGAAAAGCACAUUGUCCAUGAGGGAGCCCAGUCUCUUGGAUGGAGAAAGCUGUGUCCAGCCUCUUACCACUGCCAUAUUCCUGCCUGCUGGUUAUUCUUGGUCUCUGCAUAGUCUGGGAGACCUCACUGCCUUUGGAAGGAUAUUAUUAUUCCUGAUGGUUAGAUGCCUUGUCUUUUCUCUUUCCUAAGUCUUUGUUAUUGCCAUUACAGCAAGAACUUUUCAUGCAAUCUAAAGUGAUGAUCAAUGUAACCUAAGAUCUUCUGGAAAGAAAAACUGCCUCUAUUAUUUCCUGUUCCAAGAGUUAGUUUCCCUUCCCUGGGGGACUGGCAGUCAAAGUGGAUAAGGUAGAAACUAGGUACUGGGUUGAUCUCAGAACCCACAUCGUUGAAAGUUAUGUUAUUAAUUAAUUAUUUUUUGUAUAAUCAAAGAAGGAAGGGUAUCAUUUAUGAGAGAUUUUUAAAAAAACACUCCAGAUUUCCCACAACUUUUUUUUUUGUCUUUAGAGCAGGAGUGCUAUUUGGAAUUUUGCUUUGGAACCAAAUGCAGUGAAAUCUAAUCAGGUUUCCAGUGGGUUUCUGUAUUGAGGGCUUAAAGCUUUUGGUGUUCAGAGUCCCUUUGGAAAGAUGAUAAUAAGCUUCACUGUUGCUGCUGAUUGUAUUUGUUCUUCAUUGACCAAAGCUUGCAUUUCCCUGGUGACAGCCUUCCCCACUCUACUAACCCGGAUGCCCUGGAGGGCCCCAUAAUGUAAGUGGUGCUGUAGCCAGUGGUCAUUGGGGCACUAGUGGCCAGGCCUCAGGUGGAGAAGGAGAAUGAAAUGAGACCUCAGUGGUUGUCUGUCCCUUCUUGUUUUUUAUUCCUUAGUCUGUUACUGCCUCCAGAUUUUGAGGAAUAAUUAGAUUUAUUUAUUACUUUAUUUAUUAAUUUUUUUUUAGCACGUUUCAUUUUGCCCUUGAAACAGUUUCCAUCUGUUUCUCAGAAGGCUUUCCAUCUGUUCUGAGCCACAGAGCCACCUCUUCUGUAGUGUUAAAGAUAAUAAUUUCAGGAGAAUUUGGGAAGUGACAACCUUCCAUUUCUGAGAGUCAGUCCUAUGAUUCUUGGGGAGGAGUCUCAGCCUCCAGAGAUGGAGGGUGCCAAUUCUACCCAUGUUUAGGGUACAGCCCAGCAUUCCUUGGAAGGAAUUCUAAGUUGUGAGGGAAUUGGCUCAUUCACUAGGAUUGAGAGUAGAAGAAUUGCCUAGCCAAUCAGAGAUAUUCUGUGAUUCUAGGAUUUCAGAGUCCUUUGCCUCCUCCAAGGAAGCACUUUCUCGAUGCUUCCUUUGGACUCACUCCUCACACCAAGCCUCUCCUCCCUCCAGUACCAGUAAAUCAAAGAACAGAACGCCUCCCAGUAGGUCUGCAGUAGCAUCUACAAUAUGAACAAAGGGUAAUACGUCCUGCCCCUUCUGUUUUCCUGGGAGCAGGACAGGAUGUUGUGGAUGUCCAUAGCAUUCCCAUUCUCUGAGCAGCAUCAUACCUCCAUUAUUUUAUAUUUGCAGAUGUGUUUUGUAGAGGAUUACACUGGCCCAAAUUUCUAUGCCUUGUUAAGUUAUUUUAGUGACUGUCUAUUUAGGCAGUAAAAAGCGAACUUGCCAUAUAUUAUCCCAUCAGAUAGCUGAGAUUUCAUCAUUGAAGUUGAUCAUGCCUUAGCUAGUUGAAUAUAAUCUUUGUAAAAUAAUUUUAUACUGAGCUAUUUUCUAGUCAGCUAAAGGCUUUGUUAUUUUUCUUGUUUAUUCUUAACUUCUCAUUUUCUCUCAAAAUGGAGCUGUCAGGUCAUACAGAGCAAACUCCCAAGGAUAACACUUAUUAUUUAUCAUUUAUUUUUGCCAUAAGAUUUUCUUUGAUUAGUUUCUUUGGAAUCCUCGUUUGUUGCAUCACAGAAGCCUGAACAAUGUGUUCCUCUUGCCUCUGUGUGGCUGUUACUGUCUGGUCACUUUUCAAGUCCUGGGUAUUGUUACAUUUCAUUCUAUAUUGGUUUUAUACCAACAGUCAGGUUUCUUUGUUCCAUUGUCACAAAAUAACUAAAUGAAAAUAUUUUCACUAAUUCAUU